UUUUCACAUUGUAAACUCCUGUCUUCCUUGCCACUCUUGAUAUUUCAACUUUAAAACUUGAAAAUGCGUCAAGUCGUUUCACAGAUAAUUUUCAGCCCUGCUUCGGUCUUAAUCGCCUUCAUCGUUCUAACCAGCAAUCAGCCUAGUGUUUUCGGAGCUUCGAUUGAUCAGCCAGACGUAUGCAUCUGCACGUUACAGUAUGAUCCAGUGUGCGGUACGGACGGGAAUACUUACGGUAAUGCGUGUGCCCUCCAGUGCCUAACAAAACAAAAUACUGCCGUUGGCCUUGGCAAAGCUUAUGACGGUGAAUGCAAACAGGCGAAGGAAAGAGGAAGAAGAGAAGCUGCUGAAUGCGGGUGUACAUUUUUGCACGCCCCUGUUUGCGGCACGGACGGGAAAACCUACGACAAUGAGAACUGCAUGGAAGUUGAAAUUACCAAAUGCGGGACUGUUCUUGAUUCAACGGUUAAGAAGGCCUAUGAUGGAGAAUGCAAGCAAGUGAACAAACCGUCAGAAAAAAUGUGUGCUUGUGCACAGUAUUAUGCCCCAGUUUGCGGUACUGAUGGCAAUACGUACUCUAACAUAGAUUGUUUCAAAAACGAAAUCACUAAAUGUGGAACGAUCAAGUCGUCUGUAACUGUUGCUCGCAACGGUGCAUGCUAAUAAAUGGGGACAACCAGCGGGCACCAGCUAACAAGUGAUAAAAUGUGACUCAUAUUUUAAAAGAGAAUUGGCAAAAUGGAAUGUGAGAAAAAUUUUCAAGUAUAUUUCCAUAGUCUAAAUAAAGGAAUGUAUCGACUCCCUAUGUUUAAUUUCUAUUGCAAAUCAAAAUAAACUGCUACGAGUCAGUUUAUAUGGUUUAAAAAAAAAUAAUUUUGUUUUAAGAAAAUGGAAAUCUUGCUGCUACCCUGUUUAUCUUUUCAGCUUCUUGGUACGGAGUUUGCGUGAAAAUGGUUUACUAUUACCUUGAAAAAAAUUUCAGAAACAUUUUCAAUGCAGAUGUCGAAAGAAGAAUGGCUAGAUAAAUAAAAGUUUAUGUGUUCCUGGCAGCCUCAAAUUUUCUCUUGCAAUGUAUUUUUUAAGUUCACUAAAUGAAAAAAACCUGUUACCUAAAUGAGUUCCUAGAACGUAGAAAAAUCAUGGAAUGACGCAAUACAAGAAUGAAACGUA